AUGGCCAAUGGUCAGGCACCGUUUUCUGAUAUUGGAAAAAGGGCGAGAGACCUUUUAUACAAGGAUUACAACUUUGACCACAAGUUUAGCUUGUCAAUUCCAAACUCCACUGGAUUGGGGCUUAUAGCAACUGGAUUGAAGAAGGAUCAAAUUUUUGUUGGUGACAUAAGUACACUCUACAAGAGUGGAAAUACUACAGUGGAUGUGAAAGUUGAUACAUACUCUAAUGUAUCUACAAAAGUUACUGUGAAUGAUAUCUUGCAUGGUACAAAAGCUGCUUUGAGCUUCAACAUACCGGAUCACAAGUCUGGGAAGUUUAUUCACUUGAUUGAGAUUGGUUGCGAUCAGAAAUCUCAAAUUGAUAAAGUUAGUGCACCCAAUCAUCUAGUUUUAAGAAUGAUGCUUUCUGUUUUCUCCUUGUGGGGAGGUGUGGUAGAGAGACUGUCUGUUAUCUUGUGUCAUACCUGGAAACAGCCUCUCAAAUUAUGGUCAUGGUGGGCUGUGGCUGCUAAGCUGGAUGUGCAGUACCUCCAUCCUCAUGCAGCCAUUGAUUCUAGUAUUGGUUUGAAUCCAUCCCCUCUAUUGGAGCUUUCAGCUGCAAUUGGCAGCAAAGAUCUUAGUCUUGGUGCUGAAGUUGGAUUUAAUACAACUUCUGCUUCGUUCACAAAAUACAAUGCUGGAGUUGCCUUCAAUAAACCGGACUUCUCAGCAGCACUUAUACUGGCUGAUAAAGGACAGACCCUGAAGACAUCAUACAUACAUCAUGUGGAUCGCCCUGAUGAAUUUACAGUUGCUGCUGAAAUCACCCACAGGUUUUCCACCUUCGAGAACAGAUUUACUAUUGGGAGCUCACAGUUAAUAGAUCCAAAUACAGUAUUAAAGACUCGGUUCAGUGACGAUGGGAAAGCUGCCUUCCAAUGUCAACGAGCAUGGAGGCCAAAUUCACUUAUAACCCUGUCUGCUGAAUAUGACUCCACGAAGAUCUUUAGUUCAUCCACCAAGUUCGGUCUUGCUCUUUCUCUCAAGCCUUAA